AUGUAUAAAGAUAUAGGAACCAUAUCUAUCUAUCUAUCUAUCUAUCUAUCUAUCUAUCUCAAGCUGUUCAUAUCUCUCUCUGUCUGUCUGUCUGUCUGUCUGUCUGUCUUCUUACUCUUAUAUCCAUCGUCUUUUCAUGUCUCUCUAUUUUUUCUCUCUCUCUUUCUUUUUCUUUUUCUUUUCCUUUCUCUUUCAUUUUCCCUCUGUCUUUCUUUUUCCUUUCCUUUUCUUUUUCUUUUCCCUUUCAUUUUCUUUUUCUCUUUCUUUUUCCUUUCUCUUUUAUUUUCUCUUUCCCUCAAUUUUUCUCUCUUUCUUUUUUCUUUCUCUCUUUUUCUUUCUUUUUCUUUCUCUCUCUUUCUUUUUCUUUUCCUUACUCUUUCAUUUCCCUCUCUCUUUCUUUUUCCUUUCUUUUUCUCUUUCUUUUUCCUUUCUCUUUCAUUUUCUUUUUCCCUCAAUUUUUCUCUCUUUCUCGGUCUGUCUCUCUUCCCUACUCUUUCUUUGUAUUGA